AAGAAGAAGAAAUAGCUGUGACGUAAGGUUAAUACGGAAGUGUCUUCCGUCAACAAACAAAACAGUUGCCGUUUUCCCAGCCUUUUCCAUAAAGUAUUCGGUAUACAAUCACCCCGUGUUGCAGUAAUUAAAUUCCCGGCAUUUUUUAAUGUCAGGAGGAGUUUAGUAGUUUCUUUUAACAGCUAGCUGUAGUGAAAAGCCGGUUAGCCUUCUAGCUAGAGCGUGAGCUACCCUCAUUAUUUGGGGGAAUACAGAGAAGCUAGACAUUUUAGAGACUCUCUGCAAUAUUAUUCAGUCUCUGCGAUUUUACUCAUGCGUCUAACUAAGUUCCUGGCUUUUGUUUUAUUUGUAAGGUAGUUGUUUUUUUCAUGUAUGGCUUCAUGGCGUUUGCUCAAACUGGUUUCUCGGCUGAAAAAGCCACAGUUUAUUUCGACUAAACCAAACAACACCGUGUCUCUGACGUCUGUUCAAGCGUUGUUAAUAAGUGCGCUGACAGAGUUUGAAGCGUCAAAGAGAGCAAAGGUUGAGGCAAAAACCCAAACGUCACCUGCACCUUUCUACAAAGGUGGUGUGUGUUUUCGUCACCAUGGCACUGGAAGUGGGUCAGUAGAUCAAGAAACCAAGGAAAGCAAAGCAGAGACAAAUAUGGAUGUGCGGCCUAAAACUGGAGCAGGUGGUUUGCGGGGUGUAAAGACGAAAGGUUCUUUUCCAAAAAUAGGCCCCAGACAACAGCAGAUGCUGAGAAGUACUCUCGAUCGCUGGUUGGUAAAACCCUCAAAAAGUUCAAGUGCAACAGAGGAGUGCCUAGGCCAAGAGGAUGUGGAAAUCACAGAUGAGGAUAUGUCUCAAAAGCCUCCAGCUGUGUAUGUAAACAGUGAUAGCGAAGACACAAUGGAUGAAGACACCCAAAUACUGACGCCACAAGACUUUGACGAGGACUGUCCCUUCCCGCCCGACUCCAAGAGCUCUGCUGGGAGCGGGUUUCUGUUUAAACGUGCUGCAUGUCAGGAUGAGUUGGGAAAACAACCAGUGGAAGUACGCUCUGAGGCCUCAGCCACGCAGAGAACUAAAAUAACAGACUUUUUUACGGGGGGCUCAUCGCAGAGUUUCGCUGUAAAAAAUGGUUGGCGAGAGACGUCUUCAGAGGAGCAAGAUCCAGACGAGGAGCAUUCAGCCGCUGACGUUAAAUGGUUGGGAACGCCGAUCAGCGAGCUGAGAAGAAUGCCGGAAUGUGGUGGGAAGCUUCCUCCGCUGAAAGAUGUUCCUGGCCAGCACUCCGUGAUGAUAAGGACAGACCUUCUUGGAAAAAGUAAAGUUCCUAUUCCUUACCCGACUAAAUUUACAGAUACAUGGGAUGAUGUCCAUGUGAAGAUGCCCUGCUCAAGUGGGAAUUUAUUUCCGAUUGAUGACGAGAAAAAGAGUCGGUGGGAUCUGAUCAAAGAAACCCUGAACAAGAAAUUCACAAAUGCUUUUGAGUUGAAGGAAGCAGUGCAGAACUAUAGUGCCUCACAUGCUAAAAAAUGGGACUUUACAGCCCUGGACUUAUACUGCAAUAAGGUGCUGAAUCCUGAUGCUGUGGAACAUCUGUUCAACUCCCUGCUGCCGGGCAUGGUGCAAUUAGCACUGAGAGCAUCCGAGCUCUGCACCAAGCCUAUCCCCCUCCUGAAGAGAGGCAUGAACCACUCCAUCACCAUGUCUCAGGAGCAGGUGGCAUGUCUGCUUGCAAACGCCUUCUUUUGCACCUUCCCCAGAAGAAACUCGAGAAAGACUGAAUACCACAACUACCCAGACAUCAACUUCUUCAGGCUGUUCGAGGGAUCAUCAUCCAAAAAGAUCGAGAAGCUGAAAACCCUGAUGUGUUAUUUUAAAAGUGUCACUGAAAAAAUGCCUACAGGACUCGUUACAUUCAGCCGCCAAAGAUUGGACAAACCCCCCGACUGGAAAUGCUCGCAGACGUUGCUCACAAGGCUCCACAUCACAUGUGAAGGGACGAUUGAGGAUGACGGUUAUGGGAUGCUUCAGGUGGAUUUUGCCAACAAGUUUGUCGGAGGAGGAGUUAUCGGUGCCGGUCUUGUUCAAGAGGAAAUCCGCUUUCUCAUAAACCCUGAGCUCAUCCUUUCUCGUCUCUUCACGGAAGCCCUGGAUGAUAAUGAGUGUCUCAUUAUCACAGGAACACAGCAGUACAGUAAAUACACCGGUUACGCACAGACCUACAAGUGGGCUGGCUGUCACCAGGACACAACUCCAAGCGAUGGGUGGAGGAGACGGUGCACAGAGAUCGUGGCCAUCGAUGCGCUGCAGUUCAGGAACUUUUUCGAACAGUUUCACUACGACAAAAUCAACCGAGAACUUAAUAAGGCUUACUGUGGCUUUUUUCACCCUGAAAAGGAUAGUCAAAACCUCGCCGCAGUGGCAACAGGAAACUGGGGCUGUGGUGUUUUCGGCGGUGACACGCGCCUCAAAGCUCUCAUCCAGAUGCUGGCAGCUGCUGAGGCGGGCCGAGACGUCGCUUAUUUCACCUUCGGUGACAGCCAGCUCAUGACAGAUGUCCACAACAUGCACUCCUUCCUCACCCAGAGGAACAUCAGUGUCGGGCAGGUGUAUGGUCUGCUGGGGCAGUACUACAGCUCAGUUUGUAAAGGCUGCCUCAGUCGGCGGCCUGACGUCAGCCUCUAUUCCUUCAUCUACCGACGGGUCAGCUCCUCUGACGGGUCCACCGACGGUUCGGCCAGCCCGCAUUCACCCUCAGAGCCCCAUUAAGGUCAUGAGGCAUAUGAGUCACCUUGCCUUUAAAUCUGGAAAAUGAAGAAAGAAACAAUCUCUUUUUUCACUUUUUAUGGAGGACCAGACCUGCCAUAAUCAAAAACAGAAAUAAAUGGUUAAAAAAAUAAUUACUAUGAAACAUAAAUAAUAAAAACUACAGGUUUAAUUAAUAAGAGCUUUAUAAAAGGUGGUGUAGGUUAAUACCUAUACAUUUUAAAACUUGGUCAUGUUGCAUUUUAUUUAAAAUUUUUCAUUUAAUUUUCACACAGAUUUAUCAAUCAGAUGAGGUAUUUUUGUUUCCCUGAUGAUUUGUUUCUGAUUAUGUGAUUUCCUUAUUAUUUUCACUUGCCCUUCGCAAUUGGCCAUAUGUAAUUCAAUAGGAUAUAAAACUGCGAAUAGAAAUAUUAGAUGACGAGAUGCGUCUACAUAUGAAAAAUAUAAAUAUACAAUAAAUAAAAA